AUGACCCUUGCCGUUCGGCAAGGGAUUUGCGAUUGGCUGAGCUUGGGAGCCUGGGGCCUUGGCUGCCGAGAAGACUGUGAGGUCUCACGAGCGUGGCAGAUCCGGUUGGUACGUGCUGAAACCGUGGUGAGCUUAGUCACCGACCUACGUCUUCGGUCAGGAGAGCUGGGUUGUUUCAGCAGUUUUGGUUGGUGGGUGUCCAGGUCAUUUUUGGAUGUGAACCUGGGGUGUCUUGAGCAUUUGGAGCUGGGUUCGUGUGAUUUGUUCUUCAAGGGCAGUGGCUGCGCUCGGCAAUCAUGUGUGAACGGUUCGGUAGCAGUCCCUGCCGAACGGCAGGGUUGGCUCGAGUUUUCUGAAGAUCUUGCGGGGUGA